AUGGGUUUGUUAACGGAAGGUCAAGCAUUAACAUGGGAUGAAAUAAUAUCAAAACGUGAUUAUAUACGUCAAAUUGGAAUUGAUCAAUUUAUUUAUUUAUAUAAUAGAUUCAAAGGUAGACAAAAUGAUUGUUUUACAUGGGGUGAAGAGGUGGAAUUUACUCUUGUUCGAUUUGAUCAUGAAAAAAAACGUGUACAAGUAUCAUUAAAAGCACAUGAUUUAUUACCAAUAUUAAAUGAACAAAAUCAAAAUUAUUAUAAAAAUGAAUAUCGUGUAACAUGGCAUCCUGAAGGAUGUGAUUUUGUUCUUGAAGGUGUACCAAAUAAACCCUAUGGUUAUUUACCCAUACAUUUUAAUACAGUUGAAGCAAACAUGAAAUUAAGACGAUCUCAAGUACAAUCACUUCUUGAAGAGAAUGAAUAUAUAUUAAAUAUAUGCGCGUUUCCAAGAAUGGGUUCACCAAAAUUUACAUAUCCCGAAAUCGUAUCUAAUCCAUUGGAUAAUAUUGGUCUUUCCAUAUAUAUGCCAAAUGAAGUGAUAUCGCCUAUGCAUCCACGAUACAAAUCAUGUGAUGAAAAUAUGUUUCAAAGACGUGGAACAAAAUUAGCCAUUAAUGUUCCAAUUUAUAUUGAUAAAAACACUGUACAACCCUUUCGUGAUGAUUUAGCAUCACAAUACAAUAUAAAUAUAAAUGAACAUCAUAUUGAAUUAAUUGAUAAUCAUAUACAUUUAGAUUCACCUUAUUCAGGUUGGGGAUGUUGUUGUUUACAAGUGACAUUUCAAGCUAGAGAUUUAAAUGAAGCAAAAUUUCUCUAUGAUCAAUUAGUACCAAUGACAUCAAUUAUGGUUUGUGUUGCAUUAAGUGCAGCAUGUCCAAUAUGGCGUGGUUAUUUAUCGGAAAUUGAUUGUCGUUGGAAUAUACUAUCACAAGUAGCUGAUGAUCGAACACCAGAAGAAUUAGGAUUAAAACCAUUAAUAAAUGAUCGUUAUGUAAUACCAAAAUCACGUUAUUCAUCUGUUGAUUGUUAUCUAUGUGAUGAACAUUCAAAAUAUAACGAUAUCAAUUUAGUUUUUGAUGAAAAUAUUUAUACAAAACUUAUUACAAAUGGAGUUGAUUCAGCAUUAUCAAAACAUAUUGCACAUUUAUUUGUACGUGAUCCACUUUGUGUAUUAAGAGAACAUUUAAUACCGAUCCAUUUCGAGUUGGGAUUAAGUAUCACUAUCUAUCAUUGA